AUGUUGCCGGCCGGAUGGGAGGCGCGAACAGAUGCCCAGGGACGGACGUUCUUUGUGGACCACAACACGAAAACGACGUCGUGGACGCGUCCCUCGCCUGGAACGCCGAUGUCCCUAGAGACUGACGAGCAGCUUGCGCGGCGGCUGCAGAUGGAAGAGGAGUCCAGUGCGUCUGCGGUAUCAGCGCCGUCAUCGGGGAAUGCCAUGAGUGAUGAGGAACUCGCUCGGAUGCUCCAGACCGAAGAAGAUGCGUCGUCGGAAAUUGAACCGAAAGAGUCAAUCAGCGGGAAAUCACGCGGAUUUUUUGGUCGACGCGGAACACGCUCAAACCCUGCGACCAAGCCUUCCUCGCCCGAAGCGGUCGACGAUGCAUUUCUCCGCGCAGAUUGA